AACUGAUAAGAAUUAUCUCCAACUGCAGUGAGUGUUGCUAUAAAAGAGAGUGCGAACUCAUCUCAUACACGGUGUAAACAAUCAUAUCUCAUCCGCUACAAAGAUGGUGUCCGACUUCAGAAAGAAGAAGCUUCUUCAUGUCUUCAACUCAUUCUUUGACAGGAACGCGAGCGGAUCCAUUGACAAGAAGGACUUCGACUUAGCAAUUGAAAAUAUCACCAAGCUGCGAGGAUGGCCCGCUGGUGACGCCAAGUACAAGGAAGUCCAGACUGCCCUAUUGAAAAUUUGGGAAGGACUUCAGGGUCGUGCUGAUGCGGAUAACGAUGGCCAAGUGUCCACCGACGAAUGGAUAUCAAUGUGGGACGAAUACGCCAAAAACCCUGCGGCUCCUCUCGAGUGGCAGAAUCUUUACUGCAAAUUCAUCUUCCAACUUGAAGAUGCUAGUGGCGAUGGAGCUAUUGAUGGUGAAGAGUUUUCUUCUGUCUACGCCUCUUUUGGAUUGAACAAAGAUGACGCCCUCGCUGCCUUCAGGAGCAUGGCUAAGGGAAAAGCCAAUGUUUCUUGGACUGAAUUCCAGGAUCUGUGGAAGGAAUACUUCACCACGGAAGACCCUAAUGCUCCAGGAAACUUCAUUUUCGGAAAAUCGAGCUUCUAGUUAAAUUACUGAUGUUGCUUGUAGAUUGCUAUUCUCGAUUUUUCUACGAUUGGGUGUGAUGUGGACGAUAUGGAAGUGAAAUUAAGGCUGUGUGGCUGGCUGUUUUAAUUUAUAAUUCAUUCGGCAUUAGAUCUAAGAAAUUAGAAAAAUUACAUCAAUCCAAUGAAGUGCAUAUAUUUUCUUGUGUUCCGUUACAUUUAUUGCAAUAAAAUGUUAGCAUUAACAUAAA